AUGCAACUCCCCACACAAAACUCUCGUCUGGGGACUUGGGGGAUUUCUAUUUGUGAGUAUCUCUUUACAGAUCGAAGAGGACUUGAGAGACUUCUCGGUGUGGAAGCGAUGAUGCCUUCACUACAAGAUCCUGAGCGCUUCAACUUAUGGGGUGCAAAAGUCAAUCGGGAUGGUCUUGUCACGUUGAUGCGUGGAUGCAAAGAUUUGGUGAUGUUGGAUGCCAGAGAUUGUUCUGGUUUCGAUGAGAACGACGAUGAAAUAUCAAAGAUUGCGUCUCAUAUUAGUCAAUUUAUGUGCGAGGGUUAUGAAUUUCCUGAAUGUCUUUGUGGUAUGGACAAUUUUGUUCUUCAUGUUGAUGGAUACUCAUUUCAUCUGCAUGUGGAGGAGACAUGGGAUGAAAUGCUCAAUGAUUUGCGCAAUGCGUUCAAUGAUUUGGGCGACGAGGAAUGA